AUGGAAGCUGGAUCUUUUGUCCCUGCAAAAUGGGUACCGCAGAUGGCAUCAACGGCAGAGAUAUUAGAGACGUUACUUGAAAAUCCCCCUUCCGCACCACACGGGAUAGCCUACAAUUACCUUGUUCCCAACAUUCGCGGCCUCGAAAAUCUCAUCAAGAUCUUUCAAGCGAAGCAUGCACAAAACCCUACAGGACAACCUACACCGCCUCCAUCUCCUCACCCUGAACAAUCCCAAGGUCAAGAUCCCAUAACGUCGACCUCCAAUUCCACCGAGGUCUCCUUAUUUGCUGCAGCAACGGAGACUUUCUCUCAGAAAAACACAAAUUGCAGUAUUGCAGAGAGCAUGGAACGAUGCAAACCAAUAAUGGAGCUAGCAAAGCAACACAAUAUUCGAGUGCGUGGUUAUGUGUCAGUGGCACUGGGAUGUCCGUAUGAGGGUCCCGAUGUUGAUCCCCACAAAGUGGCCGAGAUCACUGCCACUCUAUUAGAGAUAGGCUGCGAUGAAGUCUCGGUCGCAGAUACAACUGGCAUGGGAACAGCGCCUCGGACAAGGAAGCUGCUUCAAACCUUGAAAGAGGCUGGUAUCUUAGACGAGGAUCUAGCGCUUCAUUUUCAUGAUACUUAUGGUAUGGCCCUCGUCAAUACUGUGGUCGGCCUGGAGCACGGUGUCAGAAUAUUCGACAGUUCAGUCGGAGGUCUAGGUGGAUGUCCAUACAGCAAGGGUGCCACAGGCAAUGUUGCGACCGAAGAUCUACUUCAUUUGUUGCACAGUCUGGGAUGUGAGACUGGAGUGGAUAUGGUGAAGAUGGCUGAGAUUGGACAAUGGAUCACGGCACAAUUGGGCAGGCCUAACGAUUCAAGAGCGGGAAAAGCCACUUUGGCAAGGCUGAAAGACAAUUAA